CUUCCCGCCGAUUGCCUCGCUGCCAUCAUCUCCUUCACGAGUCCUCUCGAUGCCUGUAGAUGGUCUGGUCAGUAGUUUCCCCCUUUUUCAACUCUGUCGCCAGUUCCGAAACCGUCUGGGUUAAGUUCCCGCCAUCCGACUACCAGAAUUUGGUUCCCGCAUCGCGACCCGCUUCUUCCUUGAAGGGCCUUUACCUCAGCCUCUGCGAUCAUCCUGUACUCAUUGAAAAUGGAUGGUUAUCAAAGGGAUUUAGGUUGAAGAUAGGAGAAGGUAAAGGAGCGAGUUUCUGGUGGGAUGGGUGGUGUGGGGAGGGAUGUCUUGCUAACACAUUCCCUAGAUUAUACCUUUUGUCAACAGGGAAGGAUAAAGAAUGCUACCAAAUGGGCAAUACUCACAAUGGAGCAUGGAAAUGGAAUCUCUCAUGGAGAAGAACCCUGUUUGAGUGGGAAAAAGAGGUUUUUACGAAACUUCAUGGAAUGCUAGACAACGUGAAGAUCACUCCUGGAUGCUCUGACAAAUGGCAAUGGAUACACAGCAAGGAUGGUCACUACUCAACCAAAACGGCUUACCUGAUGUGGACAAAAGAACGGACGGGAUCGAAGGGAGCAAAAAUUUCAAAGAGAAUAUGGAAUCCUAUGCUCCCGAGCAAGAUAUCUGCGUUCAACUGGAGAUUAAUGCUAGACAGAAUCCAUACCAAAGCUAAUCUACUUCGAAGAGGAAUCAUCAAGGAUAUGGAAGAGGCAAAAUGUGUAUUAUGCGAAGAAGAAAACGAGGAUGCCAACCAUCUAUUUCUAAAUUGCAAAAUAAGGAUCAAAGACCCACACAUAGCAGAAGGAUGGGAGUGCAUCUGGAAUACUGUGAUAUGAGCUUUUCACUGCACAAAAGGAGUGGGAAGAAAUGUAACAUGCGAGCUGCCAGGGACCUGGCAAUUACAUGGGGUGAUACUCCUCGUUAUUGGAGAUGGAAACCCAUGUGAGAUUCCAGUUUCACUUGCACCCAACCAAAAGAAUUCAAGCAUGUAGUUGAUUGUUUUUAAGUGUCUUCACCAACUAAAAAUGAAUAAAUAUGUGAAGAUUAAUGUCUAUAAUUCAUGCUUAAUUACAAACAAGUUCCCUGAGGGUGCAAAGCUUCUCAACGUCUGUUGGUUUGAAAUCAAUGGGAGGAUCAGUA